GGUCUCUUGCAUGUGAGCGGUGGGUCCGUGCAAAUUUAAACUUUCGCCAAAAGUCGAUGCUCGCGUGCCAGGGCUUUUGAAUCCGAAACAUCGCUUCAACCUCGACUCCCUUUACAAAGUCUGCUGUUUCUUGAAAGACUGUCCAAAGAUCCCUUGCCAUCCCAUCGCCGCUUCAGUCGCCUCGCAUUCAGUGCCAGUGGCCUGCAGGAGUCUUCAUAUGCUGUCUCAGGCGCAAGGACUUGGACUGGAGCACGGCGUGCGCGAGCUGGCCGCGAUUCGGUCCCUUCCUCUUCUUUCUUUCUCUUCAUUUUAAUCGCCUUCCAUGACCGCCACGCAGGCUCUACCCGUUGUUGCUCUCCCUCCACCGCCCUUUGACGCCACUAUUGCUGUCAAGAUGGAGGAUCGCAAGAGAUCUCUCGCCAACGAUGCAGCCGAAGAUGCUAUGCCCAGUCGCAAGCGAGCGAGGGAUGAAAAUGGCCAGAUGAUGCGCAUGGAUGCGGAGAAAGAGAAGGACGUCGAGAACUAUCAAAAGGACGCCAUUCUUCGCCAGAUGAAGGAGUACAAGCGGCAAAAGAGGGAUCUAGAAGACCAGAAUGCGGAUCUUCUGAAGCGAUGCGAAUUUCACGAUGAUCAUCUCCGUACGAUCGACGCGUGGUUCGCGCAGCUCCUCGAUGAAGUCCGAGUCAUGGCUUCCGAAACACUUCCAAUCCCUCUCUCAAAGGCGACAGACGCCGGCGAGGAAAUAUACACAUCGGCGCUGCUGUUUAAAAACAGUGCAAAGUUCUCGGAGCACUUGCAGGCGCGGUCAAGUUCCAUCAAGAGUGCGAUAUCGGAUCUGUUUGGGCGCAUGCCAUCUGCUUCGCCUGAUGUGGAGAGCCUGAGGCGGCAACUCAACGAGCUUCUCGCCGAAGAGAAGCAGCACACGGUCGAACUUCGGAAGGCCAUUGACGACAAGGAAUCGCUAUCGGAACGGCUUGAGGCGGCAUCGUAUCGCUACAUGACUGCGGAAAAGAAGCUUGAUCGAGCAAAGAGUAGUCAGGUGCUCAAGUUGGAGAAGGCGGCUAUGAUGGGAAGCAGUGCAGAAGCCUCGUCGCCGACCACAAGCAAAAAGGCCGCAACCCCGAAGCGAGAGCAGUCUGAAGUCAAUGGCGAGCCGGAGAACGCUGCAGCAAGCGCUGAGAUCGAGACAGCUCGGAGGGAGGCGGUGGCUGUUGCAGAUCAAAGGAAAGCUCAGCUUGACGAGAUCGAGCAGGACAACGAACGCCUGACGAAUGAAUUGAGCGCAGCGCGCACGAAGCUUGCCAGCCUGACCGAUGACGACUAUGCCGAGACGUCGCUGUUCCGGAUGGUGAAGUCUCAGUAUGAGGAUGUCGUGAAUCGAGUGAAUGACCUGGAGGCCAGCAGUACUACUUUACGGCAGGAGAACCAGAGACUACAAUCUGAGCGGACUUCAUAUCGUAGUGUGGUUGACGACGAGCACCGAAACACCACCAUCGAGACGGAAACGCAACUUGCGAGAACUGAGAACGACCUUUCCCGGAUACGUGUCCAGCGAGACGACCUGCAAGCGGAGUUGACAGUACGAAAGACCGCCGAAGACACUCGACGGAUAUCGACCGAGCAAACAAAACAGCUUGUGGCGGCACGAGACGCCAGAAUCUCCGCCUUGGAAUCCGAAGUCGAACGUCUGCGGUUGCAGAACGGCGAAUCACCCACUCCGGACUCGAAUUUGGACGACUUGGAUACUGACUCCCUCAAGAACAAACUCCGAACGCUUCAGGCACAACAUGAACUGCUUGGGAACGAACUGGCAUCGAUGGCGUCUGCCUGGAGGAAAGCGCAGAGUCUUGCAUCACAGAAGGUGCAGGAGAUCUCUGAUUUCGAAGAGCAGAUUAGUCGAUUGAACAUGGAGAAGACAAAGGCCAACCAGAAGUAUUUCGACGCAAUGAAGACGAAAGAUCUGCAGCAGAACGAGCUUAAGGCGGUCAAGAACCAGAAUCUCAGGAGCAGUGAGAUCGUCACCCAGCUCAAGGACACCGAAGGCCGGACGCGAGAACUCGUUGCCAAUCUAGAGAGGCAGGUCGUGGAGGCCAAAGAGGAGCUUGCGGGGCUCGAGAAGCAAUACAAGGGUUUGGAGCAGAAGCACAAGGAUCUCGCUCUUACCGGUGCGGGAGUCAGCAAGCAGAUUGAGGACUACAAAACUCUCAUCGCGGGCAAAGAUCGCGAGAUCCUGGAUGCAAAGAAGGCGAAACGAGAGACGGAGGAAGAGGCGGAGAAGACCAAGGUCAGGCUUGAAGAUGCAACCAAGCAACUCGACAUUCUGAAAAAGUCGACGAGCUCCGCGGCCGGCGGCUCGGGGGGCGAAGCGAAUUGGCGGAAAGUCGCCAUUUGCCCGGUUUGUAACACGAACAUCCGUAACACGGUCAUCAAGUUGUGCGGCCACGUCUUCUGUCGGAGCUGCGUUAACGAUCUCAUUUCCAACCGGAGUCGCAAGUGUCCCAGCUGCGGCAGGGCUUUCGGGAAUGGCGAUCAUAUGCACAUCGUCCUGACUUGAAGACACUGGACUUCUUCGCCCGCGUCUGGACGAGGAGACGCUUUGUUCCUA